AUGCCCGACGUUUUGAGCUGUAAGGAAGAAAAUGAGACGCGUAGAAAACGAAAAGAUUCUAAAACGACCGGGAAAUGUAACAUUGCCGCAGAAAACGGUGAACUUUUGAAUGGACUUUCAGCAGCACCCGACGAAAAACCGCCGGUGACGGCUACGAGAGACGAAUUUGGCUCACAACUGAAAAUAAUCCAGAUAAAUGAUCAAGUUCGAGAGCUACAGACAAUUUUGAGAGACAAGUAGGUUCUUAUUUUCUUGUUUAAAUCUGCCAACAGGAUCGAUGCAAAUCUAUCUUAGACGUCUAAAAAUUAGUUAAACUUAAAUGAAUUCACGAGUGAUUGCAUGGCCAUUACGAGAUGCUUUCAAGCUAUCAUUAAAUUCACAGCUGAGUCAAGUUCAAGAUCGAGAGUUGAAUUAAGGUGCCUUUCCAGAUGACCCUUUUAUUGAGGAGCUGGCUAGAUGUGUGUGUGUGUGUGCCUCUUUUUUACCUGUCUCUCUUUCAUUGAAUACAUAAAAUCACGUCAUACUUCAUUGACCUUGGGCGCAUUGGGUUGGUAGGGAUAGAGGCUACGUUUUCGAUGUGUUAUGCUCCACAUGGAAAAAGGAGGAAACUCCUUAUUUUUCCAUUACUACAAAGAUUGUCCUCUUGUGCUCCAAUUUGCUUAUUUCUAAAUUUGUAUUUUUGGCUCAGCAUAACAUUAACCUUUGACUAACCAGUGGCCUACCUUCUGACAUCCCCCAUUUUCAAUACGUUUAACUGAAAGGUGAUGUUUGCAAAUCCUCAUUGCUUACUACCUUUUGUCUUUGUAGAGAAACAGAGAGAGGAGACUUUGUCUUUUAUGCUGAUCGCCUUGUGAGUGAAUUAACACACUGCGUCAAUGUAAGACUUAGCCUGGUUUUCAUCUUUCAGUAGUUAAUAGUUAAAACUGAUUUUUAUUCUUACCCAGAUAAGACUGGUGGUAGAGGAAGGUCUGAACCAGCUUCCAUAUGAAACCUGCACUGUGAAGACACCUACUGGUAAAAUCUUUUUUUCCUUGGAAGUGUCAAUAAUUUAAAGAUUUAGACAUUUGGACUAUUUUUUAAUAUCUAUAGCUUGAAAUUCAAAUUAUAAUAGACUGAACUUAUAGCAACAAAGGUCCUCUACAAUUCCCUUAACUUUAUUCUUUUAUCUCCACAGGAGCCUUAUAUGAAGGGUUAGCUUUUCAGAGAGGAAACUGUGGUGUCAGCAUUAUGCGAAGUGGUUAGUGUGAAAUUAGGAAAAAAUUAUAAACAACAAUUUAUCAUUUAUUUGUUCAGCAAAUAAAUAGACACAAACUGACUGAAAUUUUGUAUGCUCAGGGUUUUUACAGCUAUGUUUUAUAAAUUAGUUUUUUCUUGUUAUGUCCAUGUAUGACUUGUACAGUGUAUUAUCGCAUUGCUUGCAUUGCUUGUGGGCAAUAAGAGGGGAAUCUUGUGUUCUGAUUGGCUACCUAAGAGGGCAAGAUAGACCCAUCAUGCCUGCUCAGGAUUGCCCACUUUGAUCCCGCACAAGCAAACAAUUGCAGUGUUGGGGAUGAAGUUGCAAAAAGUGGUAGAAAACAGUAAAAACAAAGAAAAUGUUGAUGACUCUGGAGGGUUUAUUGUGUUCCAAACACACCAAUGCAGUUGGCUUUCUUUCCCGCUCUUGAAAUAAAAAUAUCAUUCUUGAUUCUUGAUAAAGUGAAAUCUUUUUGCUAAAUACUAAAUUAUUUUUGACCAAGCUUGUUCAGUCAAGAUGGCUGCAUGUUAGCCUUGUUCCUUUUCUGACUCAACUUCCUCAUGGUCUAUAAAAAUGCAACUAAAGAACUUAGCUAAUAUCUGGCCAAUUUGACCUCACACUGGGUCAAUAACACAUACAUAUUGUGAUUUAACCAAAUUGAGUUGCUUGUACAAAAUUGUUUGUUCUCUUUCUGUCUUUCAUUCAAGUAAAGGUAUUGCAGUUAUAUCAGGCUAUUCAUUGUUUACUUUGCAUACAACUGAGAAAUAUGGAAAGACCUCAGCCAUGAAAUACUUUAUCAGUAAUUGAACAAUUACUUAUAAUAAUGGUAUUAUUCCUUUCCCAAGAAAAGAUAAUGCUCUUCAUGUUUAAAUGAAAAAUAGCCCAGGUCAUGAAAUUUAACCAGAUUAUUAAUUUUCUUCAUGUUAGGCAGAGGAUUUUUCAAUCUCUAGUUCCUUGAAUUAGAAAAACAUCCUGAAUAACAUGAUUUAGUUUCCAUUUACUCAUCAAAAAAAUUACAACUAAAGAAUAUCUGAAUGAGUGUUGUAUUGAGAUGUUUUAAUUGAAUAACUAAUAUUGUGUCCAUGAAGAAGUAAAAUUUUUUUUUUUUUUUUUUUGGAAUCAAACAAAUUUCAAUCCAAGGCUUUCCUGAAGUAACCCUGCUUGUUGUCUUGUUAUCUUUAUAUUUUAUGAAUUUUACUCACCAGCUUUUGAUUUUUAAACAAAUUCUCCUUCUCAACACCUUAGGAAAUGUAUAGAGAACAGUACGGAGAAUAGGCAUAGUCAUCUCAUGUUAGGGUAUGAAAGGUUAAAAAGAUGCUAUUAUUAAUAGUACCAGCUGUAAAGCCUAUAUAGAAUGCUUACAUUAUAGAUUUAUCCAUGGAUCUCUUUUUGUCAAACUUUUUUCCAUAGGUGAAGCAAUGGAGAAAGGAUUACGCGAUUGUUGCAGAUCAAUAAGAAUAGGAAAGAUUUUGAUUAAAUUCAAUGAAGAAUCCAAGACACCUAUGGUAAUGCAGUUGAUUAGACCUAGAGCACAGUUUGUCAUAGUUAAAUUAAUUUGGUUUGAUGUCACCCAGUUAGUUAAUCUUUAUUAAAGAUUAAAUUAUUGGUACCUUGUAGUUCUUUAACUAGAUAAAGCAAAAAACCAUUAAAACAAGUUUUGAAAGUUACCAUAAUGGUAAUGGUAAAGGUAAAGAAUCCAAUCCUACUGACAUGUUGACCAACUGUCAGCCGACACAGUGGCCACUGUUUAUCCAUCUAAUGUACUAGAUGUGUCAGUGGUGUAUUGGUGGUGUGUCGGUGACUUUGUUUGGGCCUUACUUAUGUAAAGCAAUGCUAACCCUUCCUUUUCCACACUUAUCUGUAACGUCUUCUUUGGAAAACUUUCACUGACAACAUGAAAAUGAAUAAUUAUUAUCUUCCUUUAAUGACUGGAAGGAGUCCACCCAGCUGCUUCUGACAUUCCUAUGCGAUGGUUUUUACAGUUAGUACAAAUGGCUUUUUAGUUUGGCUCAGUUUCUGGAGACUUUGGCUGUUCUGCGGCUCUCACCACUACAUGAGCUGCACAUAGCUAAACAGUGCAUGUAACAUGCUAACUCCCUCAGUAUCCAACCCUUAAAAAAAAACACUAGGAGAAGACCUAGGUAUUAGUGUUUCGUUCUCAAAAUGGCAGUGAUUUAGAUUUCUUUUCUUAUGAGGGUGGUCUUAUGCAUUCAAUCUUACCAACAUGUAAGUAGUGUGUCAGCCAAUGCAGUGGUAGUGUGUUGGCUGACAUGUUGGUAGUGUGUCAGCCAAUGCAUUGGCAGUUUGUUGGCCAAUGCAUUGGUAGUGUGUCAGCCAAUGCUGGUAGUGUGUCGGCCGACACUUCCGAUUCUUUACCUUUAUCAUGAUAAUGACUAUGAAUUUGUUUUCCACUUUUACAAAAUUGCUAUUUUAUGCAAUAUCAAGUCUCAUUGCAUUUACUGGUAUUAACUUAAAGUUGAUCCUUUAACUCCCAUGAGUGACUGAGGGGGAAUUUCUCCUUUCAAUAUCAAGCAGACAAGUAAUAAGAAUGAAGAAAAAUAUCCAUGAGAUGGUCAUAAGUUGAUCCAAUGCCAAAUUCUCAGAACUAACAUCGUAUAGCAGACAGCAAGAAUUAAAUGAGAUCUUGAGAGUAAAAGGGAUAAUUCACAUUUAUUUUGUAUCCUCUUUAUACAAGGUUUAUUAUGCAAAGUUCCCUCCUGGUAUUGAUCAAAGAAAAGUUCUUCUUAUGUAUCCUCUCCUAAGUGAGUACACAAGUUUCAUUCUUCUUUAAUUAUUACAAAGAAAAUACUACCGUAAUUUCCGGUCGUUUACCCGCGGGUAAUCUGUUGAUUUUGCAUUAAACGCGCGCCACUGCGGGUAAUAGGGAGGUGCGGGUUAUGUGACAAUUUUAAAAUCUAGUGGUAGUUGAAUUGAAAAAAAUUAUCACCAACAUGCGUUUCCACCUCUCAAGUGAAUUGUAUUGUAUUAAUAGUGCCGCAAAGCGGCACGAAAACAUAAUGCCGACUCGAGUUUAUUUCACGCACGAAUAAAUUGCGACGAACAAAUUGCUAUCGGCACGCGUGAAAACAAAACCUUGAUGGUGACAAAAAUUAUCCAAAGAUAUCCGGCGCAUGGUAACAAAUUUCCAUUUAACACUAGCUUGAGCUAAAGAAAUUUUCCCGUUUUAAGGGAUUAGGCCCAAAGAACCGGAGAUAUCGAUUUUUUUCAAAUAUCGCCGACAGUACCAUUUCAAGUUUUUACUUUGCUUUUUUUAUCAUACAAACACAAAAUAAGCAAAUUUCAUUCUGUGAGUAUGAAAGUUGAAAGUAGACUUAAUUCAAUAAUUAAUCAACCAGAAAGACGCGGCUUUAAACUCAUAAAAAAGUUGGAUCAGACAACUUUAAAAAGACUGAAAUGUAUCACUAUAAUGUGUUGAAUAACAAAGUGCGGGUAAUUCGCCGUAUGCAAUAAUAGUGCUUUAAACGACCGGAAAUUACGGUACAUGGGCUUGUACAGAGAAGGUGUACUGUUACAGCUUUUCUCAGGACUAGAAAUCCAUAUCUACAAAAAAGACUGGCAGUUUGACAAGGAAAGUAGACUUAAUGAAUAUGUUCAUUUCAAAUAAUUAUAUGCUGUUUUUAUAUCCUUGAAAAGACUGGCAGUUUUUGAAUAAUUUCUAUUGUUUGAAUCAUUUUUGUUACACAAGUCACAAACGUUUAGUCAGUUUUUGCCAAAUGGGAAGGUUCCACUAAUAAGCUGUAAUACCUUUUAUGACAGUGUAGAAUUUGACAGUUGAAAUGUAGUUUUCACUCUGUGGUGAAAUUGAAUAUUAAUUGGUUUGUGUUCAUCUAGAGCAAUUUUUUUUUUCAACUGAACUUAGAUAAAGGAGAGACAUUGUUUCAUGACAGAAAUUUAUGAGAAGGGGUGAUGAUAGUCCUUUGAUCUUUUUCAGCAGAUUCAGGAGCUACUGUAAUAACAGCCAUCAAGGUUCUUCUUGAUCAUGGUGUUAAACAGGAAAACAUUCUUCUUUUAAAUGUAUUUGCCACCCCAAAUGGUGAGUAUGUUUGAUGAAUGAUUGGCUUCAGUGAAUUUAGAUUCCAAUCUAAGGUGCUGCUCUUCUAUCAGCCUUAGACAUCUUUCACAGUGCUCUGAAAAGAAGCAGAUCAGAUGGCAGAUAUUUUAACUCAAAAGAGUACGAGAGUUUUAACUAAUAUAGGAAUUAAUUCAUCUCUCUUUGACCUUUCCUCUACAUGAAAUCUAGUACCCAUAGUUUUUCCUUGGACAUGAUCUGGACCAACAGACAUUAAUUAAAAUUACCCUUUAAAAGAGUCUUGAUAUGCCAUAGUGUAUGAUGCAGUUUGAUCGACAAAAUUCUCUAAAUGCAUUGAAUAAUGGGACUUCUCUUAUUGUUUUACACCAUCCAGAUUUUUUAUGGGUAUGAUUUUUUUUCUGUAGGUGUGAAGCAGCUACUGAAAAACUUUCCAUCUGUUACCAUUCUGACGUCAGAGGUUCACUCAGACUGCCCCUCAUAUUUUGGACAGAGAUAUUUUGGAACAGAUUAAUGUUGCAGGAGACCUAGAAAUGCACUUUCCUUGAAGCUCUAGUCUCCUCUUUGCCAUUGAUUCCACAACAGUUGUUUGUGAAUCAUAAAUUUUUCUUUUAUUUUGGUUUUAAGGGCUCAUCCUAAAUAUACAUGUAUGUGUAGAGGAUGAAAGCAAAAUGAGUACUGCAGAAAGAAGCAAAACCAUGUGCCACCGAGGUUUCUAUAGACUGUUGACCCCUUAACUCCCUAAAUUGGUUUGGAUUAAUUUUUAUUUAAACAUGUAUUUACAAGUAUGGAAACUCUCAACCCAAAGCGACUAAAUCUACCUAUUGAACUCAAACAUUAAAAAUUCUAUUUUCAUAUUACAUAAACUACAUUAUACUCCUGCUCUAUUCUGCAGGCUCGAUGACAGAAAGAAUACUAGGCUUUAGAGUGUCAGAAAUAGAAAUUGACCCUCUGGUAUGUACUCUGUGGGCAGUAUUUCCCAAACUUUAAGGAACAAACUUUAAGUACAAUUAACCCCUUGACCCCAAAGAGCGACUGGCAUCUUAUUUUUCCUUACACUGUCACCUUUGAGUCACAUGUUAGUGUCACAAAAAAUUUAAUAAAGAAAAUGAUCAUCAACUAAAGAACCUCUUGAUUAAAGAAAUUCUCCAUGUCAACACCAUAGAAAAUAUGUGGAGAACAGUAAGCAUACUGAUGUUAGAGUGAACAGGGUUUAUUCUAUCUGCUUUACAUUCUCACUUCAGGAGUUAGUGAUAUCAAAUCAUCUAUGAAUUACAGUAGGUGAUCAGAGGUGGCUAAUAUUCUUACUAAUGAAAACUAGUACCACUAUAUUUUCAAACCCUUUCCCCAAGUAAUAGCCCUAUGUCUCCUUGUAAAUUUUUUUAAAUAAUUGUCAGAAUACUUCUGCAGCUACAUUGCAUGUGACUAAUUGAGACAAUUUUCUCAUGAUAGGCUUGUUUACUUUUUGAAUGGUCUUUUCUUAGUCUUGUCAUUUUUUUCCAUUUAGUUGGGAUCAAAAUAUAUUUAAGGACCUAUUGCAACUGAAAUGAUUAAAAUAUAUUGCAGUAAUGUUGGUGUCUUAACCACACUUGUGAACACUAGGGUGAAAUGACAGCUUGUUCCCAAAAAUUUUCUUAAUUUUUAAUGGUAGCCAUUUUAAAGUGAGUAUAAAAAACUAUAGUAAUUUUUAUUCAUUCCACGUGAAGACAAAUUAGAAAUGGUUGCUUUUGAUCCAUAAAAUUUGACAAUAAAAUACAAAUCAUUUAGUUGCUUGAGUUGACUCAUAAAGUACAAUCAUUUGAUUUUAAGCUAAGAAUGAACACUUUUUGCCUUAAUGCUAGCCUCAUUUGUGUCCUUUCAAACACUUCUACAUUGUUUGAUUUGCAAAAUUUUAUACCAGUUAAUUACUUUUGUUUAUUACUUUUUUUGUGUUUUUCAUUUGCUUGUCUUGAUCUCCUUUGACUAGUUUAUUGCUUUCAUUAUCCAGACUAAAAAACAAAACAACACAUGCACACUCAUCUAGAGGCACAUAAAGUGCCUUUUGAUGUAAUUGAUGUCGCACAAGAUUCUGAUGCUUUGAUUCACACCAGUAACUUUUCUCUCCCAAAUUCCCCUUAUUCAAAGGAGAC